AAGAAACAGAGGGGGGGAAGCAUAGAGGAAGAGCGUUAGAGUGAGACAGAGCCAAAGGUAACGAUUGAGUGAGAGGAAGACUAAGAGAGGGAGAUAGAGAAGGGGGAAAAUAUCAAUUGAGGGAGAAAGGGAGAGGUAGUUUGAAAGAAAUUGUGAGAGGAGAGGUGGAGAGGGUGACGUCACUUGUUGGAUUGCAGUAUUGAGCCCUGCUGAUUACUAUAAUCCUGAUUAGGAAACCGAAGGAAAAAAAACAGGAGCCCUGAAUGACAGAAAGAGAAAAGACGAGAAAGAGUCCUUCACUACCACCAGAGAGAAACGGAGGUGGAGAAGAAACGGAGAAGGGAGGAGAAACAGAAUAAGAAGAGGAGCAAUUUGAAAGGAAACGUUUUCAUCUGGGAAUUAGGAGCAUAGGAAUCACAGAAACUACAGAAAGGAACCACAUAAACACAGCCAGGAUGCCCACUAACGGUACAAACUGUCCACUGAAGCUGCAGUUUGGUCUGAUCAACCACGAGAGUCGCUACCUCACCGCAGAGGCCUUUGGCUUCAAGGUGAAUGCGUCGGCCCCGAGUCUGAAGAGGAAGCAGGUGUGGACAUUAGAGCAGGACCCCCAGGACCCCCAGGUGGUUUACCUCCGCAGCCAUCUGGGCCGCUACCUGGCUUCCGACAAGGAUGGCAAGGUCACCUGCGAGGCCGAGGGCCGGAACACAGACUGCCGCUUCCUGAUCGCUGCCCAGUCAGACGGCCGCUGGGCACUUCAGUCGGAACCCUACCUGAGGUUAUUCGGAGGUUCCCGGGACUACCUGUCCUGCUUCGCCCAAGUUAUCACAGAGGCAGAGUUAUGGGCGGUGCACCUGGCGCUCCACCCGCAGGCCAACCUGCUUAGUGUCGCCCGCAAGCGCUAUGCCCACCUGUCACCCGACGACGGCGAGAUCGCCGUGGACCGGAACAUUCCAUGGGGCGUGGCGGCGCUCCUGACGCUCGUCUACCUGGAGGGGAAGUACCGCCUCAAGACCUGUGACAGCCGUUACCUUGUCAACGACGGGAAGCUGUCAGCGGAGAGCGGGCGGGGCACGGGGUACACGCUGGAGUUGAAGUGUGGGAAGCUGGCGUUUAAGGACUGUGAGGGGAAGUACCUGAGUCCCAUGGGCCCCACGGGGACACUGAGGUCUGGCAGGUGCAGCAAGCCGGGGAAGGACGAGCUGUUUGACCUGGAGGAGAGCCACCCUCAGGUGGUGCUGAUGGCAGCCAAUGGGAAAUACGUGUCUAUACGGCAACGUGUGAGUAUCUCGGCAAACCAGGAGGACGAGACGGACCUGGAGACGUUCCAGAUGGAGAUUGACAAGGAGAGCAGGAAGUGUCUGUUUCGGACCAACGAGGGGAAAUACUGGGCCCUGGUGGCCCACGGAGGCAUCCAGACUACGGCCACAGAGAGGUCUGCCAACACCAUGUUUGCAGUGGAGUGGAUGGGCCGCAGGGUGGCACUAAGAGCCAGUAACGGGAAAUACAUCUGCACCAAGAAGAACGGUCAGCUAGCAGCCGUCAGCGACUCCAUAGGUGAGGAUGAGAAGUUGAUUCUGAAGCUGAUAAACCGUCCCAUGCUGAUCCUGCGAGGGUUGAACGGCUUCAUCUGCCAUCAUAAGAACUCCAACACGCUGGAUGCCAACAGAUCAGUCUAUGACAUCUUCACACUGCAUUUCAGUGAUGGGGCGUACCACAUCAAAGGUGAGGGAGGGAGGUUCUGGUAUGUGAACAGCAGUGGUCUGGUAUGUUCAGACGGAGAGACACCAGAUGACUUCUCAUUUGAGUUCCUGGAGCACGGACGCAUCGCCAUCCGAGGCAAGAACGGCAGAUACCUGCGAGGCCAGGGGGGCAUGCUGAAGGGCGACGGGGUUACCCCCGACAGCUCUGCCCUCUGGGAGUACUGACCUAUAUGGGGGCCACUCUCCUACCCUGCCGGAGGUUACCCCUAACCACAGAUCUAGGAUCAGAUUGGGGCAGAUUACCAGAUUACCCUAACCCCCAUGUCCUAAAAAUGAAUGAACAGAUUGGUAAAGAAUAUCUGACCCUAGACUAAAAGUUAGUGGCGACUUCUGCCCUCUCCCAUAGGUCCCUUUCUGCCCAUGCCACUCCCCUCAACCUACUCCUGGCAUGCCAGCCAAUGAAGAAGGCACAAAGAGAAAACAGACUCUUUUUACAGGGGAGGUCGAGGGAAGACAUGCGUUUAAAUGAAUGCACUAAUUGUAAGUCGCUCUGGAUAAGAGUGUCUGCUUAAUGACUAAAAUGUUCAUUUAAAAUAAGGCAGAGGUCUCAAGUUUUCAGCUCAGAAGAGCCUGGUCAGAAGAAAUUAAUCAUGUUUGCUGGAGUUAACACUGUUCAGUGAGUCAACGGCAGAUUCCAAACAACACUAUGCUUUAUAGGCUUAUGAGUUUUUUAAAAAUGUUUUUUAAAAUUAGCAUGUUACUAGUAAAAGUCAGGAUUCAGAGUAAGUACCAUACUCACACAUAGAGGACUAGUCAUGGCUUGGGUUUUCAUUUUGCAACAUUAUUUUAGCUACAACAACACUAUUCAUGAUACAACAGCAAUACAACUACGGAUAUUUCCAUUUCCAUACACAUGGAAUGACUUGACUUUGUUUAUACCUGGCGCUAACAUGCGUUCUUUCUCCUGUCGUGGUCCACAUUCUCACAUUCUGAUCGUGCCCACAUUUUCAGAAAUAUGUCUAUACACGGUAUUAAAAUUAGUAUUUUAAUCGUAUAGACCGGAUGCAUUAAAAGACACAUUGUGGGUCUGAUAUCUUACAAGUGUAAACGGAUUUGGGCCUGGUCUCCCAAAAGCAUCUUAAGGCUAAGUUCAACUUAGGAUCCUAUGGUUCUAACAAUGAACUUAGGCCUCAAGGUGCUUUUGGGAAACCGGGCUCUGGACAGUGAAACCAUUUAAAUCAUCAUUAUCCAGCCUUCUAAAAUCACUGACAGGUGGCACUAUUGACUUAUGGCAUCAAUAUGUAUCUUUAAGCAGCAAUCAACAGUAGAAACAAUAUCAAAGCACACUCCCCAUCCGUUUUGGUUAAAGGCUGAGGGAUGGGGCUGGAGAAAUGUAACCACUCUCAAAUUCAUAAACAGAGCUAUAGCUGCAAGGACUUAUAUUUUGGGUUCUGAUAGUUAAACUAAGCUCAUGAGACAUUUACAAGUUCAUUCUUUUGAUUUUACCUUUAUUUAGUUAGCCAAAUCAGUUAAGAACAAAUUCUUAUUUACAAUGACGGCCUACCCCGGCUAAACCCUAAUGACACCGGGCGCCGCCCUAAGGGACUCCAAAUCACGGCCGGUUAUGAUACAGCUUGGAAUCUAACCAGGGUCUGUAGUGAUGCCUCUAGCGCUGAGAUGCAGUGCCUUAGACCACUGCACCACUCAGGAGUUCUUCAAGAAUCAAUGGGUACAUAUCCUUAAUU